AUGAAGUCAGUAACGGUGAUGUAUCAUAGAGUAAGGCGAGGUAUAACUCAAGAUUUGACACCUGCAUUCACUUCAAUGUAAUGGUAAAUUAUAUUAUGGUUAGUUUGUACUAAGAUAUAAGUUAUUUGUCUUGAAAAACACUGUCAUGUUCUUAGUAUAAUAUGACAUUGCGUGUCGUACACCUUUUAUAGGAUUUUGAGAUUUUAUUUGUUGUUAUAUAUACUUUAUUGUUUUUAUCUCCCACAGGCCAUUAGUCCUUAUAGUUAUCUACCCGACCGUAUACAUAUCAUAUCGUACUAUUAUAGAUAGUGUAACAUAAUGUAAUGCAUACUUAUAUUUACUUUAUCCUUUCAUUUUUAGAUGACAACAAAAGCCCCAUAUCACUACCUACUACUGACCUCAAAUCUAGUGUACAGUAACCCAAACAUAACUCAAUGGCAUAUUCAGGUCAAUCGAGAAGUUCAAACUCGCAUAUUCGGGUGGAUGUUGUUGUUGUUAUGGAUAUCGGCCAUCUUCUACAUGACUCGAGACUUCUGGUUCCCAGCAGCCUACUCUCAGAAACAAGUCGUACCUACUUCGGAUAAACCUGUAAUCGUGGUAUUUGAGGCUAGAAGUGAUAGUGUUCAGUCUUUUGAGACUAUAUGA